CCUGCGUCGGAGGCUCCGCGAAGCCCCGCCCCGUCUGGGCACCUGGAGGCCUUCAGGGCGGAGGGCGGGGAAGCGAGGCAGUGCUCGGCGUCCGCGUGGUGGCCGGCGAGCUCCGUUCUGGCUCGAGAGGCUGCCUGUCUGCCCCUCGCCGGAAUAACAAGAAUCUGGAAAAGUUGGACAAAAUACAAUAUCUUCAGUCUCCAAACUAGAAGACCAACAAAGCAGAAAAUGUACAAUUUUGAGGACGAGUUAACAUGUUCCAUUUGUUAUAGUAUUUUUGAAGAUCCUCGUGUACUACCAUGCUCUCAUACAUUUUGUAGAAAUUGCUUGGAAAAUGUUCUUCAGGCAUCUGGUAACUUUUACAUGUGGAGACCAUUACGAAUUCCACUGAAGUGCCCUAAUUGCAGAAGUAUUAUUGAAAUUGCUUCAACUGGUAUUGAAUCUUUACCUGUUAAUUUUGCAUUAAGGGCUAUUAUUGAAAAGUACCAGCAAGAAGAUCAUCCAGAUAUUGUCACUUGCCCUGAACAUUACAGGCAACCCUUAAAUGUAUACUGUCUACUAGAUAAAAAAUUAGUUUGUGGUCAUUGCCUUACCAUAGGCCAACAUCAUGGUCAUCCUAUAGAUGAUCUUCAAAGUGCCUAUCUGAAAGAGAAGGACACGCCGCAAAAACUGCUGGAACAGUUAACUGACACACACUGGACAGACCUCACUUGUCUUAUUGAAAAGCUGGAAGAAGAAAAAUCUCAUUCGGAGAAAGUGGUCCAAGGUGAUAAAGAAGUUGUUCUCCAGUAUUUUAAGGAGCUUAGCGAUAUAUUAGAACAGAAAAAAAAAAAUUUCCUAACUGCUCUUUCUGAUGUUGGCAAUCUGAUUAAUCAAGAAUAUACUCCACAAAUUGAAAGAAUAAGAGACAUGAGGAAGCAGCAGCUUGAAUUAAUGACAUUGACAACAUCUUUACAAGAGGAGUCCCCACUUAAAUUUCUUGAAAAAGUUGAUGAUGUCCGUCAGCGUGUGCAGGUCUUGAAACAAAGUCCACUUCCCGAGGUCCAGCGUAUUGAAAUUUAUCCUCGAGUAAGCCAAGUAUUGAAAGAAGAUUGGAGCAUAACAGAAAUUGGACAAAUUAAGAAACUUCUCAUUCCUGAAAUGAAAAUUUCUUCAACCAGGAUGCCAUGUUCCUGGCCUGCUGAUGAAAAGGAAGUUGAAUUUUUUAAGAUUCUAAACAUUGUUACAGUUACAAUAAUUUCAGUGAUACUGAUGUUGAUCCUCUUUUUUAACCAACACAUAAUAACCUUUCUAAAUGAAAAUACUUCUUUGUGUUUUUCUGAAGUCUCUAUAUCUGUUUACCAAAGUUUAUCUAACAAUCUGCACAAUUUAAAGGAUAUACUAUAUCGCACUUUAUGUUUACUGAAGGAAUUCAUGUGGAAAAUAGUCUUUCGUUGAAAAUGCAAAUCUAAAUUCAAAUAGGCUUUUUCUAAACAGGGACUAACAACCAUUGCUAAAUGGAGAAAUAUGGGUUGCAUGGAUAAGUAAAAUAGCAAACUAGACUUUAUUAGAAUUGCAACAAAUAUAUAAAAAUAUUUUAAAUCAUGUUUCUGUUGGAUAGAAAUGUAUCAGAAAUGAAGCAGUGUCUCUGGUUUUUGGUCUGAAAACUAGAAUAAAAUCUAGUUGAUUUGAGUGCUUUCCUUUAAAUGGAUUUGAGAGGUUGACUUACUAUUUUUGUGGCAUUUAAACAUUGUUUUACCAAUAUUGUCUUUUAGCAUUAGUAUGGUUGUAGUGAUUGACUUUGCAGUUCUUCAUAGCUUUUAGAAAAAAAGAUGGUAAAAUUUCUAAGUACCUAUGCACUUAUUUUUGAUGUGGCUUGAUUCUUUUGCAUGGGCAAAUAAAGAUGGUGAGGUUUUAAAAUCAAGCAGCAAAGUCUAAAAUGAUAAGGGGUUGCUUAAAAAUGUUUUUGAUCAAAUAAACCAGAUCCACACAUUGUUUUAGAUGGAUUUAAGAGCCUUAAAAUUGUUUAUCAACAUUCACUUCUAAUAAAGCGAUUGCUUUUGGAAAUCUUAAGUGUUGUUAGAGAACAAACAGCAAUAAUUUCUAAGAAAGUAUUCUGUGGUUUGUGUUACUUUAGGAUUAUAUUUAACUUUACUUAUACUGUCUUAAUAAGGCACUCAGUUGCCAACUAAGUUCUUGGA